UACGCAUGCGCGUCACAGAACCAGCCUGUUGAUUCGAAACCAAGCGAGGGAAAGCUGAAACGAUCUCCCCUUGAUGUCAUGCCUGUCCAUGUGCUGUCAGAGGGUACACGGCCCCAGGUACCAGGACAUCUGACCAGGAUUCCCAUCUCGGUCAUCACCACCAGCACAGAUGUGACAGACAAAAUAAUCAAGGGGAAAGUGGUUCUUAAGGGGCCACUGGUGUCAUUGGCAGCUGAUAACUUUAUCCUGAAGACGGUCAUCCAAGAAGAAGGUUCCGUGUUGAGCAUCUCAUCUCAGAGCUUGUCCAUCAAUGUCAUCUUGUUUGGAACACUGGCCAAGAACUUCAAUCACUCUGUCUACCAAGGGAAUGUAGUGGUGGCCUCUGGCUUCACUGUGGGCAAAUCUCCCACAGUUCAUAAGGACAAUCUACACCCCUGCAACCUGCUGCUUUCAGAAGAUGGAGCCCAUAUUUAUGUGUUGCACCAACAGCAUCCCGACCCCAGAUCUCCACCAGCCAGCAAAAAGAGCUCCUCACUCCCUCCUCAGGUUUCCAAUACAGCCAAGGCUCCAAAAUAUACAUAUGUAAAACUGGGCAACCUGAAAGCUGGAUCUGUCAUCAACGUGUAUGGCGUUGUGGUGUUCUUCAAACAGCCGUUCAAGAGCCGUGGUACAGACUUCUGCUCCACCUUGAAAAUUAUUGAUCAGUCUAACCAGAAGAUUGGCUGCACCAUCUUCUGUGAGAAACUGGAGGAUCAUCCCAAAAUUUUUCAGAUUGGAGACAUUGUCCGCAUGCACAGAGUUAAGGCUCAGUUCUUCAACAAGUCCAUCAUGCUUGUCAACACCUUCGGUUUCUCUGUGGUAACAUUUGACGGAGUGGUGGGUACAGCUGUAGAACCACGGACAUCCAGCCGCUCCUUCCACUUUGACCAGGACGAUCGGCAGAUGGUGGAGGAGCUGCGAACCUGGGCUGCUAGCCAGGCUGUCCUCCCCACAGUAACUGCCACAGUCCCCCUGUCUGCUGUUCAACCCAAAUUGUACUUUGACCUGACCUGCCAGCUGCUGGCCAAGGCCCCCAUCGACACCACAUGCACUCUGUUGAGGGUGUGGGAUGGGACCAGGUGUCCUCACACUCUGCUAAAAGUAAUUGUUGAGCCACACAUCACAGAGGGACAGGCCUCCUUCUCCAAGGAGAGGGAGAAUCUCAUCGCCAAUGUCCUUGUCUAUGACAACCAUGUGGAAGUUGCUCGGCAACUAAAGCCUGGAGUCUUCUUGAGGAUCUACAACCUGCGAGCAAUCCCAGGAUCCACUAAAGUGCCUGGCCUUACCAGCAGCCAAUCAGAGGAAAUAGAUCACCUGGCUUUUCACUUGCACGGAGGCACGUCGUAUGGCAGAGGAAUCAGAGUUCUUCCCGAUAAUAGCCCAGAUGUGCAGGAGCUGAAGAGAGUUAUUGAAGCUUUCCAAGAGAAUGAUGAGGAAGAGUUCCCUGAGCUGAACAACUCAGAUCUAUUGGAAGUCUGGAGCACUCCACCUGAGUAUCUGGAUGCUGAAAAAGUAGAUUGCAGGACAGAGAGAAGCUGUGGUCAUGACAUGCAGCCAGUGACUUUGUCUGAAGUUAAGCAGAGCGGUCCGGGUCGAGUUCACCAUGUUAAUGUCCAGCUGAGGGCCUAUGAACCUUGCAGAUUCCAUGAGGCACUCAAGCUCUACUGCAGCAAUUGUACAUCAAUGCAGGAUGUCCCAGAUGAUGAGCUGGUGGCAAGUAUCUUCCGUGAUGCAUCAAAGGACUCUGGACCCAUCAAUGUCCCGCCAUGGGCACUCUCUGGACAGAUCAAACUACAAAGAGACUCCCCAGACUCCUCAAACCAAGCUCUAACUGUUCACCUGCUUACUCAGCUCAUGUCUGAGGGCAAAACCAAGGAUGUCAUCUUGCUCAUGGAUUCAACUCUGGAGGAAACCUGCCAACUCAUGGCCAGCUACCAGAACAUCAUCCCUGUGAGGUCAUCAGAAGGUCACCUGGCUCUGCUCGACCUGUCUGCACCUUUUCUCUUCAGAGAUAGGAAGCGAUACUAUGGGUGUAAGCGGUGCUCCAAGGCUGUAGUGAGGGAGCUGAGUGCUGAAGGAGUCGAGGUGAUGGAUGAGAAAAUUGUUGCUGAAGCUCUUGGCAUUCAGCUGCUGCAGUUCGUCUUGCUGGUGAAACUGGAGCUUCAGGAUGCCACCGAUACACUGGAUGUCUGGCUGUGGAGACACGCUGAGUUGUUCUUCAGUGUGUCUGCAGAGGAUGCUGCAGCCAAUCAGGAAGCUCAGAACAGCAUCCGUCAAACUAUGGACUCCCUCUGUCCACCAGGUGGAAGCAUGGGUCAGCGUCCAUGGCUUGACUUAUGUCUGAUGGCAUAUCAAGCAGAGGAUGAUGAUGGACAGACCAAGACCUGCUAUCAGGUCUGCCACACCACUGUUAUCAAACCCUCAUCCACAUGAUCCAACCCCAACCGGAACCACCUAAAGGAAAAAAAUCUGAUUCUACUCAUUGUUUUGAUCUUUUUAUUUCUAUUCAUUAUGUAAAUACAAAUAAACAUAAAAUGUUGUUGCCAAAAUGAAUGAAAGUAUUUUGAUGGCUUUUCAUAAUAAAAGACAAAACAAUUACUUUUAUUAGAUUA